AUGCAUACAUGUCGGCGCUCCGCUCUAUCUGCUCUAUACCGGACGCGACGCGGCUUCCAUCUGUCUAAACCUUCCCUGCGACAACAACCGCAACUUGUGCCUACAGACGACACAGGCAUACCUCUUCAGCCGACGUGGUCCGUGGACGAACUAUUGGCGUCCUACCCUAAACCUAUAAUCUCUCCCGACACGCUAUCCCGACUUCAUAGACUAUCAGCCCUUGUGCCGCCGGCCAACGGUACGGCGGGCCAUUCUCGCCUAACGCAAGAACUGGAGGAGCUCGUGAAACUCGUUGAAGCCGUUCGACUGGCCGAAGCGCCUGAAGGGGCUGCAGGCGAGAUUCCGGAUGGACGUGUAAUGGCAGUAGAAGCGAGCAUCCCGCUUGACAGGGUGCCCGAUGCGGCGGAAGAUGUGCUGCCUCGAGAAGAGCUGCUCGCGCGAGCCGCUCGAACGCGAGACGGGUUAUACGAGAUCCCGAAUGACCGAGUGGCCAGGAGUUGA